AUGGCGACCGCCGAACGAGUGCGUCUACACAUCUCACCUUUCAAUCCCGAACUACUGGACCGCUACGUCCCUCCAUCCCUAAAAUCUCAAGCAACGAAUAUUUCUUUCCACAGCGUUGCGACCUUCCCGGAGAAAGGAUUUGGAUACGUCGAAUUACCGGCGAUGGAAGCGCAGAAAUUGAAGCAGAAGCUGAACGGGAGUACGUUGAAGGGAUCGAAGGUGCGGAUCGAAGAGGCGAGACCGGAGAAGAAGAGAAAGGCGGAGGUAGAGGAGGGAGAUGGUGAGAAGACGCAGAAAGUGAAGAAGACCAAGAAAGAAAAGAAGAAGCGCGAAGAAGGCGUCCUUCCCGGUUAUGAACUGGAAGAGGGCAGACAUGUGAAGCGUGGAUGGACCGAGGAUGCAGGGCGAGCUAAGAAGUCGAAGGAUGGGUUAGAUGAGAGAAAGAUGAAGUUUAAGACAGAGGUGCCCUUGAAUAAGGUUCCAUCAAAUGAGGAAAAGGAGAAGAAGAGUAAGACGAAGAGCAAGGUUGACGAGAGUGAGAAGAAGGCGAAGAGUGGGAAGAAAGCUGCUGUGGUGAAGGAGUUUUCCAGAACUACGAAAGUCCCUGCGGGGAGUAUAAAGAGUGAGAGAAAGGCUGCAAGCUAUGAGGAGGGCGUCGGCUGGGUAGACGAAGACGGCAACGUCGUCGAAGCCGAGCCACCUUCCAAGAAACGCAGACGCGGUCAAGCUAGUGCGGAGAAAGAGCCUGAACCCAUUCCGGAGCCCGAAUCUCAAUCAGAAGGAGAGCCGUCAUCGUCAGAGUCGGAAGAAGAAGAAGAAGAGUCUUAUGACGAGUCCUCGAUGAGUGACCAUGAGGAUCACCUGGACCGCCAACUGAAUGAAGCGAAAUCAAACACAGAACGCAAUGCCUCCGCUGAGCGCGACCAGCAGAACUCCAUACCUGUUUCAUCGGCAACACCAGUACCAAAAGAAGUGCAUCCUCUCGAGGCGCUGUACAAAAGGCCUGCUUCAGCGCCCGAGGACUCUUCCAAGCCAAAGCCUGCGCCGAUCGACACAUCAUUCAGCUUUUUCGGCGGCGGUGAAGAGGAUGCGGAUGAGGACGAAGUCGUGGUCGAGGACCUGGUCCCACAGACUCCCAGGACAAAAGAAGAUCUCGAAUGGCGUAACAAUCGCUCCGCUGCUCCCACUCCGGACACUGCUGCUAUUGACAAGCGAUUUGACUUCACCUUUGACACGGAAGACCAGGAAGACGAUGACGAUGACGACACCGAAAUGCCUGACGCUGAAGCCGCGCUAGCCAAUGCCGGUGCAGAAGUUGGAGAGAAGGAAGAAAGUGAAUUCCGCAAGUGGUUCUACGAGAAUCGCGGCGAUCUCAAUCGUGGGUGGAAGAAGCGCCGGAGGGAGGAGAGAAAGAUUGUUCGACAGAGGGAGAAUCGGCGACUCAAUAGGAGGAUUGCAUAG